UGCGCGUGUGUAGCCGUGUCGUGCUGGCAGUCCUGCGGCUGAUCACCACAGGACUUUACGCUCGGGACGUACAGGCUUCAUUUAUAGGAAGGAUACCGUUAUCAGACAGAGAAUUUUUCAGUCAUUCGAUCUGUUCUACUACAGUGUCAUGCAUGACACAGUGCCCGUGUUUUCAGACUUUGGCCUUGUUAUCUCUCUUUUGUCCUCUGAUCGAGCUGCCGUUUUUCCUGCUGUUAUAUAGGCUAAAGCCCACGAUCACACAGAAUGUGGUAUCGAAGUGAUUUCGAAGAUGGAUACGAAUCUAAUAAAACAGGCUCCAGUAGCGGUGGCUCUCCAGGAUGGGUCCCUGGCCACGAAUCAGCCUGGCACAGCAACCCUCCUGGCCCUGGGAGCAGCUUCUGUGGUGGACGCCGACACAGCACGGUGUCUGACAGUGGUGACACAGGAAUUGGCACUUACUGCUCGGACAGCGUGGAAGACGACUCCAGUUCCAGUACCACGCCUUUGUCCUUCCGGCCGCUGCCCCAGCCUAUCUUGGGCCAGGAUUAUGAUGGCAUCCCCUCUGUCCACGUCAUGCCGUCCCCAUCCUCCUCACUCUACCCCAGCUUUAGAACGUCAGCCUCACCCAGCAGCACAGGUCGCUGGAGCAGGUCGUGCCAGCUGCUUACGCCUGCCAUGUCUCCCCAGGGCGCGUCAAGCUGCCUGGACAUGAAAGACCAUCAGCCCAUCCGGAGGUGGUCCUCUCUCACCAAGUUGUCAUCUGGGGCUGAUAAGAGCUUUACUAGGACAUCAGGUGAUCAAUAUGCACAUUCACAAGGCUCCCUGGACAGAGGCCUGCUAUAUGGAUACAAAAAGGAACCUCUUGGUUCAAAAGUGGACCUUUAUCUACCGUUAUCGUCCACCUUUCUCUGCCAUAGCUUGCUGCAGCGCUCACCAGGGUCUGGCCCCUGCUACCGGUACAACCACAGCAGCAGAUCCACUGGUCUAGAAACAGACCUGUCCCUUUCCUCAGCUCUGUCCUCACCGGUAAAACACAGCAGUUUGGACAUGAACUAUAGUGCUUUACCAGAAGCUAAACUGUCUCGGAGAGGUGGACAGGUUUAUGGCCUGAGCUUACCCAAACAAGCAGACUCACCGCUGGGUCAUCAAGCUGAUAGAGGCUCCCCGAUUCAGCCUGCAGUUCGCACCCAGAUGUGGCUGACUGAGCAGAUGGAAUACAAGCCCAAAGUAGAGCGUGGAGGUAAACUUGGUCAAAUCAGUGGUACUGGAACAGAGGGCUGUGGUGGCGAUGGGCUAUCGCCAUGGCAACAGGGACAUCAGCACGAACCAGGGCUUAACCAGACGCUGAUAGGGACCUCCCUGUCAGUCAACACUCUGGUGAAGGUUGAAGAGGGGCUGCUGAGACAGAGAGAACUGGAGAUAGAUAGACAAAAGCAGCAGAUCUUGCAGCUCCAUGCCCGCAUCAGAGAGAACGAGCUCAGAGCACAGCAGGUCCUGCAGAACCAGAGAGGGUGGUUUGACGAUCCCCACAUUCUAAAUAACAAGGAAUCAACAAUGAGAACGCCAUGCAAACAGCCGUCUGAAAUGCUGUGCUGUGAUGAAGACCUUGGUAGGAAGCUAGCAGUGGCUGAACUGGAAGUACUCCAUCUGAACGAGUUCUUCAAGCAAGUCACACAAAAAUAUACAGAGGACAUCAGAAAACUGGAGGAAAAGAUAAAGACGAGGGAUCGCUACAUCAGUAGUCUGAAAAAGAAAUGUCAGAGAGAGAGCGAACAGAACCACGAAAAACAGCAGCGCAUAGAGACACUGGAGAAAUACCUUUCCGACCUGCCAACGCUGGACGAGGUGCAGGCACAGGCCCAGCAGCAGGAGGAGGUGCAGCAGAAAGCCAAGGAGCUGGAGAAAACAAUGUCUCGGUUACAGAAGAGCCUAGAGGAAGGCUGUGCUCUGAUGAAGGAGAAAAACAUCAAGAUUGGGAUGCAGGCCAAGAGAGAGAAGGAGUUGAUUGCAUCUGUACACAGCCUGCAGAAGAAGGUGCAGCAGUGUUUGGAUGAUGGGGUGAGGUUGCCAAUGCAGGACCUGAAGCGUCUUGAGGUGGAAAACACUCAACUUCUGGAGCAGCAAGAGCAGAGCAGCAUGCUGAUUGAGCAUCAGAAAGGGCAGAUUGAGAGACUGACAUCACAACUAACGGCCAUGAGUACGAAACUGCAAAAGAAAAGAGGCCAUUCUCUUCGACAACAGUCUUAUCCACUAGAAAAGGAGGAAAGCCCAGCCACCCCAUCCAGAGCCCCCCCACAGCAGCGACAGGCGGGUGACGUGCUGAUGGUGCAUCCUCUAUCCCACGUGGAGAUACUAGAAGUGGGUCGGCUGCUAAAAGAAAUGUCCAUGUGUCUACUGGACCUCCAGGCUCUCUGCAGCAUCCUGGCUCAGAGGGCACAGGGGAAAGAGCCCAACCUGUCUCUGCUUCUGGGCAUGAAAUCGUUGAGUGUUUCGGCAGAGGAGAGUGACUGCAGGGUGGUGGUGGAAGAAGAACUGAGGUUCAAGCUGCUAGAGGUCGGCCAGCUGAGGAGAGACAUCGACGAGCUGAGGACAAGCAUCUCGGACCGCUAUGCUCAGUAUAUGGGUGACAGCUGUGUCUCCCAGUGACACCAGCACCCCACAGCUCUGACAGGACUGCUCUCACUCCGUGUGUUUUAACUCUUACUUCUCAAUACUUCAUAUAUAAUCACAUUAAGAAUUAUUUAUAACAAGAAUUACCAGGGCCAUAACAAUGUGGGCUUUCCCCAGGCAAGUGUUUUUGUCACCUUCAUGGUUUGUACAUGUUGACUGACAUUGGAAAAGUUGGGUAGGCAACGUUGAAGAGUCGGCUAGAUUUUGAAAGUAUCCAACUGAAAGAAAAUCCCACCCCCUCCCUUUAAGCCUCCCUCCAAAACCGUUACCCCACAACAUGCAGAGUGUGCACAGGUAGGCAGGUAGGUAGGUACGGGUGCUCAUUACAGUCCUGAGACAGCAGCAGAUACAUUUUUGUCAGAGCAUUUGAUUUAUUGAUUGCUGUCAGGAUGUACAGAAAAUUUCAUAAUAGAACAAAAAGGCUUCUGCUUGCCCCAUCUUUAAUGUGCCAUGUAGACACAGAACCCACAGAGAAUUACCUUUAACUGUGCAGUCCCCCUCUGUUUUAGCCAUAUCUGCUGGAUGUGUAAAUGAGCAACUGUUUUAACACAUCACCAUAGCAACAAUAUGAGUUGAUAUGUCAACUUGUGCUUCCCCCAGGUGGACCAAAAUAUCUGUUCCUUUAAUAAUAAAAACAAUAAUAGGAACUUAAAUUUAUAUAUCGCCUUUCAUGAAACCCAAGGACACAGAAUUAUUGUUAAAGUUUUUGUUAUAGAGUUUCCAGGCUUAUGGCUUGUAUUGCUUGCCUUUAAGCCUAAAAAGGCAGAGAACCCCUUUGAAAAGAGCACACUCAGCCACAUGCACAGUGGCUGUGGUGAAACGGGAUAUUCACAUUCAUCUUUGAAUAUCCAACCUCAGGUAUGUGGAUCUCAGGCUCCUGUCUUGAAUUGCAUAUCAGACCUUUAGACAUUAGAUAAGGGUUUGAAACUCUUAUCUCUGUGAAUUAAAAUGUCUUAAAAAGCAAUAUUAAUUGUGCAGUUGUGAUGUUAAUCAAAAAAAGUCAACCAUAGGACUAUUUGGUAAUUAAUGGGCAGAUGAAUUCAACAAAGACUCCUCAGCUGUUUGUCACAGCAAAAGAACAGUUCAGUCUAUAGACAGCACAUUUAUAUAAUGUUAUAUACAGUUGAAAAUGUUGAUUGUUUGUAAUUACCCUUGGGUACAGUGAAUCUUGCAGCCUGAGAAGCUGAAACAGCAAAUGUAAACAGCAUAUGCACUUUUUUGGUAGAUUUUGUCUUCUGUGCAACCAAACAGGUCAGAGAAUAAAUUACUUCCACUACCAGGCUUCAUCAAACAAGCCAAACCUUUUUGUCUGCAUGAUUUAACAGUUUUUUAACAGUUAAGUGCACUAACCUAACAUGACAACCAAAACCAAAGACCUGUUUUGGUCUUCAUAGGUAGUGUGUUCAGUCCACCUGUGGAGGAUUUAAAAAGCCACUGGAUGGCUUGUUCCUCUGAAUAAGAAAUUAUUCUUAGUUUGAUGUUCUUUUAGUUUUACUGUCAAAAUAUAUGAAUGUUAAAUGUAUGUUUAUGUUUGAAAUAUGGAGGUCUGAUCUUAUUUGUUCAGAUGGCAAAUAAAAUUAUUUUUCCAAAGAA